AGAACUCACUAGACCUUGGCCAUGAUCAUUUCCUCUUUUCAAACCUCCGUGGCAGUUUUUGCCCUAAUUAUUCUGCAUGUCAGUGCUUUGGAUACUUUCAAAGCUGCAGUAUAUGAACAUGCUGUCAUAUUGCCAAAUCACACAGAAACACGUGUUUCUCAGGAUGAUGCCUUGCUCCUCAUGAACAAGAAUAUAGAUAUUCUGGAGAGAGCAAUUAAGCAGGCUGCUGAACAGGGUGCUCAGAUCAUUGUGACUCCAGAAGAUGCAAUUUAUGGAUGGAAAUUUACCAGGGAAGCCAUCUUCCCUUAUCUGGAGGAUAUUCCAGAUCCUCUGGUGAAUUGGAUUCCAUGUCAAGACCCACACAGAUUUGGUCAUACACCAGUACAAGCAAGACUCAGCUGCCUGGCCAAGAAUAACUCUAUCUAUGUCUUGGCAAAUAUUGGGGACAAAAAGCCAUGUAAUCCGUCCUGUGACUCUGCAUGUCCUCCUAAUGGCCAUUAUCAAUACAACACCAACGUGGUGUAUGAUGCAAAGGGAAAGCUGGUGGCACGUUACCAUAAGUACAACCUCUACUCUGAGCUUCAGUUUGAUGUCCCCGAAAAGCCGGAGUUGGUGACUUUCAACACCUCCUUUGGAAAGUUUGGCAUUUUCACAUGCUUUGAUAUUCUCUUCCAUGAUCCUGCUGUGACCCUGGUGAAAGAUUUCCACGUGGACACCAUAUUGUUUCCCACAGCUUGGAUGAAUGUUUUGCCCUUUUUGACAGCUAUUGAAUUUCAUUCAGCUUGGGCAAUGGGAAUGAGAGUUAAUCUUCUUGUGGCCAACACACAUAAUGUCAGCCUAAAAAUGACAGGCAGUGGUAUCUAUGCACCACACUCUCCCAAAGUAUACCAUUAUGAUAUGGAAACAGAGUUGGGAAAGAUCCUCUUUGCAGAGGUGGAUUCGUAUCCCCAAAACUCUCCGACCUACCCACCAGCUGUGAAUUGGAGUGCCUACGCCACCACCGUCAAACCAUUCCCAAGACAGAAAAACUCCUUUAGGGGCUUUAUUUCCCGAGAUGAGUUCAACUUCACAGAACUCUUUGAAAAUGCAGGAAACCUUACUGUGUGUCAAAAAGAGCUGUGCUGUCAUUUAAGCUACAGAAUGUUAGGAAAAGAGGAGAAUGAAGUGUAUGUUCUAGGAGCUUUUGCUGGACUUCAUGGCCGAAGGAGAAGAGAGUAUUGGCAGGUAUGCACAAUGGUGAAAUGUAAAUCUACUAAUCUGACAACAUGUGGACAGCCAGUAGACACUGCUCUGACAAGAUUUGAAAUGUUCUCCCUAAGUGGCACAUUUAGAACAGAGUAUGUUUUCCCUGAAGUGCUACUUACUAAAAUCAAUCUGGCACCUGGAAAAUUUGAGGUACUAAAAGAUGGGCGUUUGGUAAACAAGAAUGGAUCAUCUGAGCCUAUCCUGACAGUGUCACUGUUUGGCAGAUGGUACACUAAAGACAUACGUUCCAUCUCAGGCAGGAUCAGCAACUCAGCAACAACUUACCUGAUAAUAUCCACAUUAUUAAUGAUCAUAGCUUUGCAAAAUAUUGUGAUGGUGUAGGACAUCGCUUUAUCACAUUCAUUGUUGCAUCCAAGUUUACUAAGAAACUUUGAAUGGCUCGCUCCUCAGUAUAGACCAAUGAUUUCCAAAUAUAUAUUUUUUUCUCAUCAAGGAUUAUAUUUAAGUGUUAUGGUAAUUUUGCCUCAUUCUUGGCUAUGCUGAAAUAAUACAGUAUAUGGUAUAAUGGUAUAAGUGAGGUUUGGGCCAUGUAAAUGAGGAUUACUCCUGGCUCCAGCCUUAUUUGCUGUGUGUGCUUGUGUGUGCAUGAACAGAGUGAAGAGCUCCAGGGACAUUGUACAUAUAGUGGCAGCCUUUGGAGAGAACCGUAAUGAUGGGAACAGAGACGUUUAUGACGGAAUUCCAUUUGACAUUAAAGACAGUUUGAA